AUGCCAGCCAAGAGCAAUUUGGCUGGCCCCCGCACUACGGGCGGUGCAGGUAACGACGAGGCCGAGAUCGACGGCGUUCCCAAGACGGCGACGGCGGACAAGGUCUCGAAUGGGUUGAAAGAUGUGACUCGCCUGGAGCGCCAUACUCCACCGGCCCAGCAGCUUCCGCACCUCACGCCGCUCAAGACGUCACCUUUUGCUUGGACACCCUGCCGGUCAUCAGACACAGCGAUUCUUCUCCGUCGGCACAUUACUCUGCGCGACCAAGAGAUUGGGGAACUCCUGGCGGAAAUCGCAGCACGUGACGACGAAAUCGCCCAGCUCAAGACCACGCGCGACCAGCAACGGAACCAUGAUUCGAAUGCUUCGCAGAACCAGAAGCAAACCAACGGCGUGUGUGACUGUGGAGCGUCUUCAGAACUACACGCACUCCACGAGAAGCACGCGGAGCUCAAUGCCCGCGACGAUGAAAACCGCGCCACUCUCGCGUACGUCAAGUCGCACAAUAAAGACCUUGCCAAGUCGCUCAGAGAGGUGCGCCGCGUGAAUCGCCGUCUCGAGAAGGAACUGGAGCUCGCGGAGGAGAAGGAGAGAGUCAGAGGUCGCGAAGGAAGGGUUGGUGGCGAUGGGGCUCAAUAG